CACAGUUGGCGCGCCUGCGACCAUGUUGGCAACUGUGGUCACGUGACUCGCUUCUCUUAAACACCAGAGCCCGCAACCAUGGCUGUCGGGAAAAAUAAGGGACUUUCAAAAGGAGGAAAGAAGGGUGUCAAAAAGAAGAUUGUGGACCCUUUCACACGUAAGGACUGGUACGACGUGAAGGCGCCCUCGACCUUCACCAAGCGCCAGAUUGGCAAAACCCUGGUCAACAGGACGCAGGGAACAAAGAUCGCCUCUGAGGGUCUGAAGGGCCGCGUCUUCGAAGUUUCCCUCGCUGAUCUUCAGGACGACAAAGAUGCGGAAAGGAGCUUCAGAAAGUUCAAGCUCAUCGCCGAGGACGUGCAGGGCAGAAAUGUCCUGUGCAACUUCAAUGGAAUGGACCUCACCACCGACAGGCUCAGAUCCAUGGUCAAGAAGUGGCAGACUCUUAUUGAGGCCAAUGUUGAUGUCAAGACGACCGACGGAUACCUCUUAAGAAUUUUCUGUAUUGGAUUCACACAGAAGGAUCAAAUGUCGCAGCGAAAGACCUGCUACGCCCAGCACACUCAGGUGCGCGCCAUUAGGAAAAAGAUGGUCGAGCUGAUCACCUCAAAUGUGGUUUCGUCAGACCUGAAGGAGGUUGUCAACAAGCUGCUUCCCGAUUCCAUUGCUAAGGAUAUUGAGAAGAGCUGCCAAGGAAUCUACCCCCUUCACGACGUCUAUAUCCGCAAGGUCAAGGUCCUCAAGAAGCCGAGGUUCGACCUUAGCAAGCUGUUGGAACUCCACGGCGAUUCCAAGGGUGAGAGCACAGAGGCUGGUGGCAAGGCCGACCGACCAGAAGGCUACGAACCCCCGGUCCAAGAAUCGGUGUAGAUUAAUAAAAUCAUUCUUAUUGAACAAAA